AUGAAGAGAUAUGUGGUGAGAUUGACUAGGAUGGAGAGGUUGAUGGCAAAAUUUGGGGAAAAGGAGAUGAAGUUUUAUUUGGCGAGAUUUGUGGAGAGGAUAAAGUUGUUGGGGAAGAUAAGUUUUGAGGUGAAAUGGGAGUCUGUGAUGGAAGUUGGUCUUAAGGUCAAUGUGAUGGGGCCUGCCUCCUCUGAAACAUUUCCUUUCUCAAUUGGUUCAAUCACAACUGCGUUGUUGAUGGAGGAAGAACCAGAGGCAUCACAGUUGAACUUUGGCCUCCCAAGGACGGUGACAGUAGGAGCAUUUCUUGUUAGAGGCUCCUUUGACAGCGGAAGAAGGACCAGAGUCAUGCCCUUUGCCAGAGAAAGAGUGAUUAGUUGUGUUCACAAAGGCGUUGGACUCAGUAGGCAAAGAUAA